GAGCAAAACACUGUCAAGUUUGGAGUGAGCAAGCAAGUUGACCCCAUCGAAAGGAGUAACCAAAGAGAGACAAGAUCUUCAUACUACAUACAACUCCUUGAAGCUCACUAAUACAAUUUAUCUAACAUUGAAUUUACCCUGCUCUAUUUUUAUUAUAAAUCGAUAAACCCAGUCUAAGUAGAUAUUACAACUUUACUUUCUAUAGCAAAAGAAGAGGACAGGAACCACCCCCGUGUGCGUCAUUCCCGUGUUGUCGCUUGUCGCUUGUGAAUAAAGACUAAAAUUGGAGAUAAUGGAAGUCUAUGAAGCUUCCAUAUUGAACUGUAAUAGUCAUAGCUGAAAAAAAUUAGUUAUCACAUAAACAUGGAAGAGAACGGAGCAAAAAGAUUAAAAGAAUUAGAGAAAUUAUACACACAAAUACCUGGUAUUGAACGAGAAGUUUUUAGUGUAGAGACUUUACUUGAUAUUCUCCUUGUGUUAUAUGAUGAAUGCAAUACACCCUUACUUAAAAGAGACAAACAUGUUACUGAUUUUAUUGAUAUUGUGAAACCUGUUGCUACAAGAGUCAAACAUUUACGGCUAAAGCGUGAUGAUUUUGACACCUUAAAUGUUAUUGGACGGGGUGCUUUUGGUGAAGUUGCCGUUGUUCAAAUGAAAUCCACAAGUCAGAUUUAUGCCAUGAAAACACUGAAUAAGUGGGAGAUGUUAAAAAGAGCAGAGACAGCUUGUUUUCGGGAGGAGCGUGAUGUUUUAGUAUUUGGUGAUAACAGAUGGGUAACAAAGCUGCAUUAUGCUUUCCAGGAUGAAAGUAACUUGUACUUUGUUAUGGAUUACUAUAGUGGUGGUGACUUGUUAACAUUGCUAAGUAAAUAUGAAGACCAUAUACCUGAAAAGAUGUUAAAAUUCUACGUGGCGGAAAUCAUACUGGCUAUAAAUUCAAUUCAUGAAUUAAAUUAUGUGCACAGGGACAUAAAGCCAGACAAUGUAUUAAUUGAUGUAACUGGUCAUAUUCGCUUAGCUGAUUUUGGAUCAUGUCUGAAAAUUGGAAAAGACGGUUAUGUCAAAUGUUCGGUUGCUGUUGGUACACCAGAUUACAUAAGUCCUGAAAUACUACAGGCGAUGGAAGCAGGGAAAGGAGAAUACGGGAAAGAAUGUGACUGGUGGUCAUUAGGAAUCUGCUGCUAUGAAAUGAUAUAUGGUGAAACACCCUUCUAUGCUGAAUCAUUGGUUGAAACUUAUGGAAAAAUUAUGGACCAUAAGAGUAAAUUUAUUUUUCCUGAUGACUACGAGGUGUCUGAUCAUUGCAAGGAUUUAAUGUCGAAACUUGUGUGCGAUUCUGCUAUCCGAUUGGGAAGAAAUGGAAUCCAUGACUUCAAAUCUCAUCCAUUCUUUGAGCACUUAGACUGGGAAAACAUUUUUGACUGCACUCCACCAUAUGUUCCAGAGUUAGAUGGACCCACUGAUGUCUCGAACUUUGACGUAGAUGAUCUUAUGGAAGCCAAGUCACAAGAAUUUGCGCCUCCACCCACUCAUCAAGCGUUUACUGGCCAUCACCUCCCCUUCAUAGGAUUUACUUUCACAAAGGACAGUCCAAUUGCAGACUCAUCAGAAUUUCCAAUAAUGAGGAAGGAUGAAACAGAUGGUGGUCCCAAAAAAGAAUCCAAUGCAGAUGUUGGUGUUUUAGAGAAGAAAAUUAUUACACUACGAAAGGAAAAAUCAGAAUUACAGAAGAAAUUAGAAGAUAGCCUAAAACAAAAAACGAAAAAUUCAAUGAAUGAAGGAAGCAAAACGGGUUCAGCUGAGCUUGUGGCAGCAAGAAAGAAAGUAACAGAUUUAGAACAAUCAAUGAGAGCGAUAGAAAAGGCAAACCGUGACUUAGACAUUGCAAAGAAGAACAUUGUGAAUCAAAGAGAUGAACUAACUACAAAAGUCAAAGAACUAGAGCGAAGCAAAAGAAGCCUUACUCAAGAUCGUGAGUAUGCUGAAAAAGAAGUAAAGGAGUUGAAGGAAAAACUUUCCAACACCCAAAAAGAUUUCAGAGAAACUCAAGGUCAAAAAAAACUUGCAAUGGAAGAGUUUAGUGACUUGAAUGAUAAGCUAGCUGAAGUACGAUCUCAAAAAAUGAAACUUUCCCGUCUGGUUCGAGAGAAGGAGGAGGAGAUAGAGAAUGUUAUGAACAAACUAGAUCAACAUAGACAGGACUUACGUACAUCAGAAAAAAAGAAACGGGAACUAAUCACACAAGUUGAAGAACUACAAGCCGAUGUACACAGGGAGUCCAAGUUGCGUGCAAAAGCAGAUUUGUAUUGUCAACAAUUGGAAGAAGAAAUUGAUUCAGUUAAAAGUAAAAAAUAUUCUGGAAUCUCUGAAAAAGGACAGGAUCAAGAAAUAUCUAAGCUAAAAUCUGAAAUUGAGAAAAUGAAAACUGCACAUGAAGACAUGCUUAGUCAGGAAAAGAAGAAAACUUCUGUUGAAGUGAAGAUGUUGAAGGAAAAAGUUGCCGAAACUGAACAAAUGAAUAGUUCAUUAGAACAAGAGAUUAAAACUUUCAAAGAAAAAUUGGAUAGGAAAAGUAGAGAUGUUGCUGACCAAGAAAAUGCUGUGUUUGCUGAUUUUAAAAAUGCUACUUUACGUAAUAAAAAUGAACUCCAGAAAGAAAAUAAUAAGCUGAGCGCUGAAAUCGAAAAACUUACUGCACAAUUGGAGAAAAGCAACGAAAAUCAGAAAAGGUUGGAUGAUGAGAUACGACAAGGAGCAGAAAAAAGAGAGACUGUCAGUCAUUGGGAGGAACAAAUAACUGAGAUAAUUCAGUGGGUGAGUGAUGAAAAAGAUGCAAGAGGGUAUCUUCAGGCUCUUGCUACAAAGAUGUCGGAAGAGUUAGAAGGUUUAAAAGUAUCAGGUCUGGCUGGUGGUGCUGGAGCUGGUAAAAACUGGCAAACCAGAAGAUCACAACGACUUGAUAAGCAGGAAUUGUUAUCACUGCAAGCCAAUCUCAAAAUGGAGAUGCAAGCAAAACAACAUCUUAAUGAUGAACUAGCCAAGCUUAAAAAUCAAUUCAACCAAUCUGAAAGACGCAACCAAGAAAGUGAUAAACAGUUAAGCAAAUUAAAAAGUGAAGUCAUAAAGCUUCAGAAAGAGAAUGAGAAACUGAAACUUGGAGGUGGAGCUGGAGAUUUCAGUUUCUCUUUUCUCAACUUUAUGAAUUCUGACAUAUCUUUAACAGAAAAUCUUGAUGAGGUGAAAGAUGAGGAAACUAAUAUAGACAUGCCACAAAUGAACUCCCGUGCUGAUAGUUACAGCAUAUCGGUAUCAUCCACGCCACGCACUACAAGUAAUGCUGCACCCUCUGCUGCGGAGAGUGUAACUCCAUCUGAGCGUGAUCAUCCAGUUGCAACACCAGCAGUGCAACUAGAGAGUAAUCACCGUUUAAUGUCCAAAAACUUCCCAGCUCCUACAAAAUGUCACAAUUGCAUGUCCAUAAUGAUUGGUCACACCAGACAAGGAAUGGUUUGCGAAGUUUGCAGCUAUCACUGUCAUAUGCACUGUGUAAACGAUGCACCAAAGUCAUGUCCUGUUCCUCAACAGCUGUUAACUAAUCGACCACUUGGUAUCGAUCCAAAGAAGGGGACUGGAACAGCGCAUGAAAGUUUCGUGAGGAUUCCUAAACCAGGCGGUGUAAAACGUGGUUGGAUGCGUGCGUAUGCUGUAGUGUGUGACUUCAAGGUUUUGUUGUAUGAAACAUCUGGAGAAAAGACACCUACAAAUGAACUCAUUGAAGUCAUUGACAUGAAAGACGAAGGCUUCUCUGUGUCCAGCGUGUUGUCAUCUGAUGUCAUACACGCCAACAAACGUGAUGUACCAUCGAUUUUUAAGAUUUCAGUUUCUGGAUUAGGACAGAACGCCAGUCCUUUUAAUCAAUUAGUUUUAUGUUCGAAUGAAAGCGAACGACAUAAGUGGGUAGCAAUGCUGCAGGAACUUGUACAACUGUUUAACAAAACACACGGGGCGGAUCGAAAGAACGAAGUACAAGGUUUGGAAAUAUGCGAUAACAGCAUGCAGAUAAUACGCUCCGCAGCCAGUUCCGCCAUCAUUAAUCCGGAAAAAGUUGUAUUUGGCACAGACGAUGGUUUGUAUGCUUAUGAGUUAACUAAAGAGAUCAUCUCUCGGAUUGACGAUGUGAAGAAAGUAAUUCAAGUGGAGAUGAUUGCUGAGGAACAAUUACUUAUUGUAUUAGGAGGAAAGCAGAGACAUAUCAGACUUUACCCUUUAUCGGUUGUCGAGGGACACGAAAUAGAGCCGAUUAAAAUACCAGAAUCUAAAGGUGCUCUGUCGUUUGCAACCGGUAGUAUACGGAAUGGAAGCUGCACAUGCUUGUGUGUAGGACAAAAGAAGAGUGCAAUGCUGUAUGAGCUCAAUCGUACCAAGAAUAGAUAUAGAAAGAUAAGAGAUGUUCCAUUCAACUUGACUUGCCAAUGGCUUGGUAUACUUCGAAGUAAAUUAAUCAUCGGAUAUCCAUCUGGUUUUGUGUGUGCGGAUAUUAUAAAAGAAGGUCCAAUGCAAAGAUUAGUCAGCCCAGAAGACUCGUCGUUGAAAUUUUUAGCAAGUAUGAACAUAGAAGCCUUACUUGUCGCAGAUGUUGAACAAGACGAAUAUUUAUUAUGUUUUAGAGAUUUUGCUUUGUACGUCAACGAGUCAGGCGUACGAACGAGGUCGAAAGAAAUCAGCUGGCCAACGCCUAUAACCAGCUUAGCAUUUAACAAGCCUUACAUACAGGCGUAUUCAGAUCGUGGUAUCGAUUUGUUUGAUACUGUAUCAGGUUUGUGGCUGCAAACCCUACAAAUACCCAAGGCACAACCCCUAUCACGAAGUGGUGUAUUAAAUUUUGUAGCAUUAGUUGAUCAACAAUCAGUUAUUUAUGUCAAGAGAACUGAUAAGCCAGAUGAACUUUCAGUGAAGUCAAAUCAAGGCAAACGAGCAGUAGCUGCCAUCUAUCGUCUAAAACAGACCAAGAAACGUCUCUCCUUUAAAACAAGAGAAAGUUUGAAAGCAGAAGAAGCCGACCUAAUGUCUAAGUUAAUAUCUGGACCUUCCAAUUUUAGUCACGUGUCUCAUAUGGGACCAGGAGAUGGGCUUCAAAUAUUGCAGGACAUUCCAAUAGUUGACGAUAAACUUGCCAUGUCGCACAGUCAGAAAUUACGACUACGUCAGCAAGGAGGACGUCCAGUUAGUUCUUAUCAGGCGUCACCGCCAGAAGAGUUGGCAGGUAUGAAACGUUCAAAAUCGAUGGAGCUUGAUGGAAGUGAACCUGACUCACAGUAUGAUCACGACACUGUAUCAUCAAGUUCCACAGCCAGCAACACCUCUGAAAACAGAUAGGAUUGUUUGUAUGUGCAUGCAUUUUUUUAAUUAAAUAUCCUGCUUAGUAAAAAUUAGGUAAAGAGGUGAACCAGCUUCGUUUUAAUUUGUUUAAAAUUCCUGCAGGUUAUAAUGUUCUUAAACAAUUUGUGAUAGAUGGUUUGGAUUAAAGUGUAAAACAUGAGAUAGAAACCUUUUUAUUAAUGCUUUUAAAUUCUUAGCCUCUUUUUUUCUUCUUUUUAUUAGAGCGCCUGCCCUUUUUUAACUGUUUUUUCUGGUGUAAAUGGAGCCAUAGUUUCGUAAUUAAAUUGUAGUUGGAUCGUUAAUGAAUUUGUUCAUAGUUUUUAUCAGAAUACGGAUAAAUUUUUGUGUCAUUACGUAUUAUUAUUUUUGUCUAAUCUUUAUGUUAAAUUGUACUAUAUUUAUCAUCCGACUCGUUUAACUGGGUGUGUAAUAAAGUUUAUUUUGUGCUCAUAUUUUUCAUCGAAAUAUUUUUCUCUUUGCCACAGGCCAGUUAAAUUCUUUCGCUGUUUUUACAUCUAACAAAUUUCGUGCGUUUUUCUAUAUCAGCAUCAAAAGAAAUAAGCCAAGUCUUAGCAGUUCUUUUGUAUUUUCUUCUUUAUCCCUACUUUGUAGGGUAACAAAAUAAGUACCGACAUUUGACUACUUACUGUAAGUUUGGUCACCAUCAUUGGAGGUGGACCUUUUACUUGCGAUGCCUGUAUAGGAAAACGUUCGAUAAAAAUUAUUUUUUUGUAGCCCUAGUUAGUUUACGCCAAGAUCGUUAAUGAUGGCAACCAGAAAUUAAAAUGGUCCGCAUGAACGUUGCUGGCCUCACGCUCUAAGAAAUACCGUUAGUUAUUACAAACCAUUAGAAAUAUAGUUUGUUAUGAACUAUUCGCUGUAAUAAUAAGCAUUCUGGUUAUUUGUUUUUUAAUUGUUUUACACAAGCUCAGUUUUGUAAUUUGCUGUUUCACAGAAAUUUUGCUUUGUUUUUGAUGCACCAAUAGUGUCACGUGUUCGCAGCAUAUCAAUUUAAAGGUACAGCUAAUUUUUUUUUCAAUCUCAAUGUAAACGCGAGAAUUCCCACUAAUUUUCAUUUUUUAUGGGCGCUUGACUUUUUUUGUGUGUGCGAUAGCUAGCCUUUCUAACUUCAGUUUGGUUCCAUGCGCAUGUGUGUAGAGAAAAUUAAAGAAUGACUUAUAUUUCUGUAUACUUUUCAUUAAUUUUCUGUACCAAUAAUAAUAUUUUAGUAAAGAUAAGGCCUCCAGUAUUAA